AUGACUCUUCGCAAUAUCCUAUUAUCGGCCCUCCUGCUCGUAGCCGGGACCCAGGCCACAACCGACGACAGACUUUAUCCUUUAACUUCACGAACAGACGAUGCCCUGGCCAAACGACAGGCGAACCCAGACUCCAUGGUCAACGUACAUGUGGUACGAGUCGGAGACAUGGAGGGUGGCUUGAAGUUUUAUCCCGACAACCUCAAAGUUCCGCAGGGCGAUAUGGUCCAGUUCCAGUUUUAUCCUCGGAACCAUUCCAUUGUCCAAUCCACCUUUGACAGACCAUGCGAGCCAAUCAGCCGGUCCCAGCCAGACAUUGCGGGCAUUCGUUCUGGAUUCAUGCCUCUGGAGGACGGAACCAGGCAGAUGCCCGUGUUCACAAUCAUGGUCAAUGACACCAAACCGAUGUGGUUCUACUGCGGACAGGGAAAGCAUUGCCAGAAUGGGAUGGUCAUGGCCAUCAACGCUGUCGAUGGGAGCAAUAAGACUGUCGAGGCCUACAGGGCGCUGGCAGCAAAUGCCGGCAACAGUUCAACAACGAACCCUACCAAUACCAUUCCAAACAGUGGCCGCCCAACCACCACGGGAAGCGCAGCAGAACAGAAUGCUGCCCCAAGGAAUGUGAUGCACGCAGCUGGAUUUGGCGGAAUGCUCUUGGCUGUGGCGGCGGUUGUUGCGUUCUAA